GGCAGGGCGGGGAGGGGAGGGGAGGGUAGAGCAGAGGAGAAAACCUGAGGGGAGAGCAGCGGAGGAGCGAAGAGGAGUGCGGCACGCAAGCCGGACGCCGCUUGGCCUCGGCCGCAGGCUGCUGCCGCUGCUGCUGCGGCCGCCGUGCCGGUGACUGUCCACUGCCCGCUGGGAGAAGAUUAAAGGACUUACCUGAAGACAAAAUAUUCUAUUCAUCAGAGACAGAACAAAAGUUAUUCUUGCUAUUGGCAAUUAAAGAUGAUGUUGUCUUGGCAACAAUUGAUCCUGCUUUCAUUCAUUGGCUCCUUGAGAGGUGAUGUUACUUUACAAGGUCCGGUGUUCAUUAGAGAGCCGAGCAACAGCAUUUUCCCAGUUGAUUCCGAGGAGAAAAAAGUUACUUUGAAUUGUGAAGCCAAAGGCAACCCAUCACCUCAUUACAGAUGGCAGCUCAAUGGAAGUGACAUUGACCUAAGUAUGGAAUAUCGUUAUAAACUCAAUGGAGGAAAUCUUGUGGUGAUUAAUCCAAACAGAAAUCGAGACACUGGUAUUUACCAAUGUUUUGCAUCAAAUUCUCUUGGAACAGUUGUCAGUAAAGAAGCAAAACUCCAGUUUGCCUAUCUUGAAAAUUUUAAAACUAAAAUGAGAAGUACAGUAUCGGUCCGAGAAGGACAGGGAGUCGUGCUGCUUUGUGGUCCCCCCCCUCACUCUGGAGAGCUUUCAUAUGCUUGGAUCUUCAAUGAAUACCCAUCAUUUGUGCAAGAAGAUAGGCGGCGAUUUGUUUCUCAGGAGACAGGACACCUGUACAUAGCCAAAGUGGAACCAUCUGAUGUGGGAAAUUACACCUGUGUUGUGACUAGUACUGUUACAAACAACAGAGUACUAGGUUCUCCCACUCCUUUGGUGUUACGCACAGACGGUGUGAUGGGUGAAUAUGAACCCAAAAUAGAAGUCCAAUUUCCAGAAACUCUUCCAGCAGCCAAGGGUUCAACUGUGAAAUUGGAAUGCUUUGCUCUUGGAAAUCCAGUACCUCAGAUCAACUGGAGAAGAAGUGAUGGAUUACCAUUUUCCAGUAAAAUUAAAAUGAAGAAAUCAAAUGGCAUGCUAGAAAUCCCAAAUUUCCAGCAGGAAGAUUCUGGUUUAUAUGAAUGUAUUGCUGAAAAUUCAAGGGGAAAAAAUGUUGCUAGAGGGCGUCUCACUUAUUAUGCAAAACCUCACUGGGUUCAGAUGAUAAAAGAUGUAGAAGCUGCUGUGGAGGACAACCUAUACUGGGAAUGCCGGGCAAGCGGUAAACCGAAGCCAUCCUACAGAUGGCUGAAGAACGGAGAUGGCCUGGUGAUAGAGGAGAGAGUGCAACUAGAAAAUGGGGCCCUUUCAAUAAGCUUUCUAAAUGUGAAUGAUUCUGGCAUGUAUCAAUGCAUAGCAGAAAACAAACAUGGACUCAUUUAUUCAAGCGCAGAACUCAAAGUUGUUGCAUCUGCUCCAGACUUUUCUAAGAAUCCAAUGAAGAAACUGAUUCAGGUUCAAAUAGGCAGUCUGGUUAUAUUUGAUUGUAAACCAAAGGCAUCUCCCAAGGCACAUUGCUCUUGGAAGAAAGGCGAUGAGGUCCUGCAAUCAAGUGAAAGGAUAACUAUUUUGAAGGAUGGAGAACUCCAAAUAGCCAAUGUGACUAAAUUGGAUGUUGGAACAUAUACUUGUCUGGCUGAGAACCAGUUUGGGAAAGCAAGCAGUUCCACAAACUUAAUAGUUACAGAACCCACAAGAAUAACAUUGGCCCCAUCCAAUAUGGAUGUUUCUGUUGGAGAAAGUGUAAUCCUGCCUUGUCAAGUUCAACAUGAUCCCCUUUUAGAUAUUGUGUUUACUUGGUAUUUUAAUGGAGCCAUCACAGAUUUUAAAAAGGAUGGAUCUCAUUUUGAGAAAGUAGGUGGGAGUUCUUCGGGUGAUUUGAUGAUUCGGAACAUUCAGCUAAAACAUAGUGGGAAAUAUGUUUGUAUGGUACAAACAGAAGUCGACAGUGUUUCAUCUGCAGCAGAACUGAUAGUAAGAGGUUCUCCUGGGCCACCAGAAAGUGUAAAGGUAGAUGAAAUAACAGACACUACAGCCCAGCUGUCCUGGAAAGAAGGCACAGACAACCAUAGCCCAGUCACAUCCUAUGUCAUUCAAGCUCGGACACCUUUCUCAGUGGGCUGGCAAAUAGUGACAACAGUGCCUGAUGUCAUCGAUGGAAAAACAUUCACAGCCACAGUAGUAGACCUAAAUCCUUGGGUGGAAUAUGAAUUCCGUGUUGUAGCCAAUAACAAAAUUGGAGGUGGGGAACCAAGUUUGCCCUCAGAAAAAGUAAGAACUGAAGAGGCAGUUCCAGAAGUACCCCCUUCAGAAGUAAGUGGGGGAGGUGGCAGUCGGUCGGAACUGGUUAUAACUUGGGAUCCAGUCCCUGAGGAAUUACAGAAUGGUGAAGGUUUUGGCUAUGUGGUCGCCUUCAGACCUCUUGGGGUUACCACGUGGAUCCAGACGGUGGUUACAUCUCCCGAUACACCAAGAUAUGUCUUUAGGAAUGAAAGUAUUCUCUCUUUUUCACCCUAUGAAGUAAAAGUUGGUGUGUAUAAUAACAAAGGCGAAGGGCCAUUCAGCCCAGUAACAACUGUUUUCUCUGCAGAGGAAGAACCUACGGUAGCUCCAUCUCAUGUGUUGGCCAAUAGUCUCUCAUCAUCAAUAAUUGAAGUUUCAUGGGAUGCCAUUCCUUGGAAAAUGAGCAGUGGACGACUACUGGGUUAUGAGGUAAUCCCUUUUUAUACACAACCACUCAUUCAUGUAUAUAUGUAUUUUAUAAUGCUAAUAAUGUAUGUUUGAUGACUUUUAGUAACUACAUAUUUUAUGCCAACAU